GAAUCGAAGUUGCAUCUGAAGACCCACGAUUAUGGUCAAACCGUGCAAAAACCUUUAUUAAACUUGGAUAUUCUGAUGCCAUUAAUGCCCUCUCUCUCAUUGUACCAAAGAUCAUUAGUGGCAAAUAUGAUGAUACUGAUCUGGUGUUACUUUGUAAAAGUGGAUGGAGAAAAGCGGAGGCAUUGGCCAAGAGUGAUGAAUAUCAGUUAGCAGCAAGAGAGUUGGAGAGAUUAUCUCGAAUUAGUGUGGGCUCAGAUCGAUACAUAGUGAUCGGAAAAAUAUGCAAGUUUCCAAGUCGUGAAUCUUACCCGUGGGAUAUUCGUAGUCAAGAGCAUUGCACCGAAGAGAAACGCGAAUUUGGCACGAAGGAUAUAAAAAAAGGAACCAUCUUGCUUGAUGAAAAACCUUUUAUUUCAGUUCACGCUCCUGAUCAACAGCAAUGUGAUUUUGCAACAAACCAAUUAGUUCGAAAAAUAUCUCUUGCCCGAAAUCAAAUUGUUUGGAAAUCUUUUUAUGAAAUAGUGAAUAAAGAUUCUAAAUUCUCUGGCUCUUCUCUUCUAUUUGUUCUCAAAAUAUUUGCCAUUGCUAAACAACGAGAUAUUGGUCCCUCGGACAUUGAAGAGAUCAAGCACCUUUUUACCUUCCAACAUUCGACUUCAUGGAAGACCAAACCCAAUUGUAAUUUGUUAAACCCUAUGACAGGACCAGGACAAAUGUACCCCACUAUCUCUCUUUUCAACCAUCAUUGUGAUCCAAAUGCUUGUCUUUCGGAAGAGAUGGGGAAUGACCUUAGUAUCUCAUCAGUAGUUGGUAACACUACGCAAACACGUCAACUUCUCGAGACGACUUACGGAACAUAUAUCGAGUAUUUGUUCGAGGCAUUAGAAUUAAAAGAUCCCGCUAAAAGAUCUUCUUCUUCGAUGGAAACUUUUGUAUAUCGUUCAAGAACAUUUGGAGAAUUAACAAAUCCCGAAGAACAAUUAGAAUGGAUAAAAGAAAAUAAUAAAUGA